CACUGUCAUGAGGGGCGUGGCGGAAAGCACGCAUGCUAGCGCCCGCUAAUGCUCUUCAAGUUUGUGUGAAGAGCUGGCUGUGGCUGAACACAGCAGCAGCAGUACUGUUUGACUGACUGAGCCUCGCAGGUGGAAUAUAUAGUAAAAACACUGUGUUAGUGUUCCCGGAGAUAUAACAAUUGUCUAUCAUCUGUUCUGAACCAGUGUAAACCGGAGCUGUCAUGCAAACAUAGCCGUUAGCAAGCGAGCCAGGCCGAGGAGAGCUGGCUAGUUGUAUCCUUCAUCCAGACAGGAGCAUAAAUGUUUCACACAAGCCAGUUUAUCGAGUUUGUCUACGCCGAAGAAGAUGCGCAAGGACGUGAGGAUAUUAUUAGUGGGGGAGCCCAAAGUGGGGAAGACGUCUCUCAUCAUGUCCCUGGUCAGUGAGGAGUUCCCAAAUGUGGUUCCCUACCGAGCUGAGGAAAUCACCAUACCUGCAGAUGUCACACCGGAGAGAAUUCCCACACACAUUGUGGACUAUUCAGAGGCAGAGCAGACAGAUGAGCAGUUGUUUCAGGAGAUCUCCAAGGCAAAUGUGAUUUGCAUUGUCUACUCUGUCAACAACAAGAAGUCCAUAGAAAAGGUGACGAGCCACUGGAUCCCUCUCAUUACUGAGAACACAGACAAGGACAGCAGGGUUCCUCUGAUUCUGGUGGGAAACAAGUCGGACCUGGUGGAACACAGCAGCAUGGAGACCAUACUGCCCAUCAUGAACCGGCACAGUGAGAUAGAGACUUGUGUUGAGUGUUCAGCAAAGAACCUGAAGAACAUCUCAGAGCUGUUCUACUACGCCCAAAAGGCAGUUCUGCACCCCACAGGUCCUCUUUACUGUCCAGAUAAAAAAGAUAUGAAGCCACUGUGCGUCAAAGCCUUGACUCGAAUCUUCAAAGUGUCUGACCUGGACAAUGAUGGGAUUCUCAAUGAUAACGAGCUCAACUUCUUCCAGCGGACGUGCUUUAACACCCCACUGGAGUCUCAGGCGUUAGAGGAUGUAAAAAAUGUGGUGAGGAAGAAUUUGAGUGACGGAGUGUGUGACAACGGACUCACUCUGCAAGGCUUCCUCUUCCUCCACACCCUGUUCAUCCAGCGGGGGCGCCAUGAAACAACGUGGACAGUGCUGAGGAGGUUUGGGUACGACGAUGACCUGGAGUUAAAUCAGGACUACCUCUUUCCUCCGUUGAAAGUUCCUCCAGACUGCACCACAGAGCUCAACCAUAAUGCCUACCUCUUCCUUCAGAGCGUCUUUGACAAACAUGACAAGGACCGUGACUGUGCCUUGUCACCAGAGGAGAUGAGGGACCUGUUUGAUGUUUUUCCCUACAUGCCCUGGGGUCCAGAUGUCAAUAACACAGUUUGCACUAAUGACCAGGGCUGGAUCACCUACCAGGGAUAUCUCUCCCAGUGGACGUUAACAACAUAUCUGGAUGUCCAGCGAUGCCUGGAGUAUUUGGGUUACCUCGGUUACUCAAUAAUUGCUGAGCAGGAGUCCCAAGCAGCAGGAAUUACAGUGACCAGAGAUAAGAAGAUUGACCUGCAGAAGAAGCAGACGCAGCGCAGCGUCUUUCGCUGUAAUGUCUUUGGAGACAUUGGCAGCGGCAAGAGCGGCUUCCUCCAAGCCUUCUUGGGUAGAAACCUCAUGGUAAAAAAUAAAAAAAUUAGAGAGGAACACAGAUCCUACUAUGCCAUCAGCACAACCUAUGUUUACGGCCAGGAGAAAUAUCUUCUUCUUCAUGAAGUAUUCCCUGACUUUGACUAUCUGUCUGAUGCUGAUCUGGCCUGUGACAUUGUCUGCCUGGUCUAUGAUGUCAGCAACCCUUACUCCUUUGAAUACUGCACCAAAGUCUUCAAGCAAUACUUCAUGGACAGCAAGAUUCCAUGUAUGAUGAUAGCAGCGAAGUCAGACCUGCCAGAUCAACAGAUCUACGGCUGCAGUCCUCUGGAGUUCUGUAGGCGGCACAAGAUGCCACCUCCCCAGUCCUUCACAUGUAACACUGCAGCUGCACCCAGCAGAGACAUCUACACCAAACUUACCACAAUGGCCAUGCACCCGUAAGUAUGGAGACACUUGAUCUAGAUUUGUUAAACUGCA